AUGACUUCCCACGUCCUCCUGUUGCUUCUCGCCUCCUCCAUCCUGGGGGACCCGGACUCUGCGGGCAGACGGCCCCUGCAUCAGGUCGCCCAGAACCGCAGGCGCCUCUGUUCCCUGGGCACAUGCCAGACGCACCGCCUGCCAGAGAUUAUAUACUGGCUCAGCUCUGCCUCCACCAAAGAGCUCUCAGGGAAGGCCGGCCGCGAGCCCCAGGACCCCCACAGCUACGGGCGCCGCCGUAAACGCGACGCCAGAGUCCUGCUGCGUCUCUAUGACCCUGGCCCGAAGAAAAGAGGCCAGCGCAGUGCCCGGCUGGCUGGGUGA